AGAGAGAGGGAGAACCGCCGAGGCUCUCUGGACGAGAUGGAGAUGAAGGUGGCCAGGUUCUCGCGGGGGAAGGCGGCAAACCUGGGGGAUUUGCGCGACAAGAAACUGAAAGGGCAGCUCGCUGGAAAAGAGAAGCUGAUUGGAGUGUCCGCCAAAGCUGCCGCUCAGGCUGAAAAGUGGCUAUUGCCUAGCGUUGGGGGCUAUCUAGAGCCUGAAGGUCUCGAAAAGACAUACAGAUUUGAGCAGUGGUCGAUUCUGCCAAAGGUGGACAUUGGGAGUUCAAGAAAAUCAUUUGACAUGAUCUUACCUGUGUUUGGUCCUUAUACUCUGGAAUACACACCAAAUGGGCGCUACAUGAUAGUAGGUGGGCGAAAAGGUCAUAUUGCAUUUAUGGAUAUGUUGAAUAUGGAACUCAUCAAUGAAUUUGAGGUGAAGGAAACUGUGUGCGACGUGGCAUUUUUACAGAACGAGCAACUCUUUGCAGUCGCCCAGAGAAAGUAUCCGUACAUAUAUAAUCGUCAUGGCACAGAAAUUCACUGUCUGAAGGAACAUGGCAAAUCGCUGAAGCUUCAGUUUCUGGAUAAACACUUACUCUUGGCAUCGAUAAACAGCUAUGGGCAGCUCCACUACCAAGACAUGAGCACUGGUGAGAUGGUUGCAAACUACAGCACAGGUCUUGGACGUACGGACGUGAUGCGGGUAAACCCCUACAAUGCCGUCAUUGGCCUUGGACAUGCUCGUGGGAAACUCACCAUGUGGAAGCCAACCAGUGUGAAACCCCUUGUCACAAUGUUGUGCCAUAAGGGCUCUCUGACUGCCGUCGCAUUUGACAGGGGUGGUCACCUUAUGGCAACUGCAGGUGGAGACCAGAAGAUUAAGAUUUGGGAUCUCAGGAAGUUUGAGGUUGUGCAUUCAUACACCGCACGUGCUCAGUCCCUGGAUUUCAGCCAGAAGGGGUUGUUGGCGAGCAGCAACGGAUCUCUAGUGGAGAUAUACAGGGAUUGCGGGGGCCAGGACUAUAAAAUCUAUAUGAAGCACAGAAUGGUAAAGGGAUAUCAGGUGGGCAAGGUUUUGUUCCGCCCUUACGAGGACAUCUGUGGGAUCGGGCACUCCAUGGGAUUUUCCUCCAUGCUCGUUCCUGGAUCAGGCGAGCCAAACUUCGAUACCUUUGUUGACAACCCCAUGGAGACCGAGAAGCAAAGGCGGGAGAAGGAGGUGCAGGCCCUCCUUGACAAGCUCCAACCAGAGACCAUCAUGCUUGAUCCGGAUGUGAUAGCCACUGUAAGACAACUGAAGAAGAAACAGAAGAAAACCAAGAAAGAGAUCGAGGGCGAGAUUGAAGGUGCCGUCGAGGCCGCCAAGAACAUUAGGGUCAAGAAGAAGACAAAGGGUAGGAGUAAGCCGAGCAGGCGGGCCAAGAAGAAAGAGGAGGAGGUUCUCAGAGCCAAGAGGCCUUUGUUGGAUCAACACAAGGAAGCCAGUGGGCACCCUGACAAGAAACUGCGGAUUGGCGAUGACACCGAGCUGCCGAAAGCAUUGCAGCGGUUUGCCAAGAACAGGCAAUCGUGAUCUUAGUUAUCAACUUAUCAUUAGCGAGUGUGUGCUGUAGUCUAUUAUGUGAAGGAGUAGCUGGCAAGUAGUAGUUCAUGUGAACUUGUUAGAAAAAUAUGCACCUUUAUUCUCUGCUGGGCAUUACGUUCUCCAGGUUGAAGUUUGGUUUAGGUCAGCUCUUCUUCCUGGGCUGGCAUAUUUUUUAUGUUUGAUGAUGCUGAGGUUGAGGCUUGAGAGUACCGUUUGAUCUAAUUACUUGUGCCUUGGUGGUGUCUAACACUGUUUUAUGUGCUCAGCUCCA